AUGGGAGGGUCCUUGUCGCGUCUAUGGUCCCUGGUCUGGACCAAAAAGGAGAUUCGAAUCCUCAUCUUGGGUCUUGACAAUGCUGGAAAGACCACUCUUCUCUACAGGCUGAAAAUUGGCGAGGUCGUCACGACCAUUCCCACCAUCGGAUUUAACGUCGAGUCGGUUACAUAUCGGAAUUUGAAUCUUAAUGUCUGGGAUCUCGGUGGCCAAACGUCCAUUCGUCCUUACUGGCGGUGUUAUUACGCCAAUACCGCUGCCGUCAUCUUCGUCAUUGAUUCUACCGAUAUCGAGAGGUUGGGAACUGCGGCGGAUGAGCUGGCAGCAAUGCUAAACGAGGAGGAGCUUCACGAUGCAGCGCUGCUGGUGUUCGCCAACAAGCAAGACCAGCCAGGGGCGAAGGGCGCAGGCGAGAUCUCGGAGGCGCUGAAGCUGGGCGAGCUGCGGGACCGGAACUGGAGCAUUGUGGCUUGUUCCGCCAUCGACGGCAAGGGUAUUAAUGAGGGCAUGGACUGGCUGGUGACAACCAUCCAGGCUGAAAACGCAUGA